CUGCAGGCGGGAGCGGCGCGCAGUGCUGUAGCGGGAGGUUCGGAGCGGAUGGUGAGCCUAGAGGAGUCCGCUGGUCAGCGUGGCCAUGGAGGACUACGAGCGGGAGCUGCACGGCGUCGAGGACGACUUCCACAGCCAGUUCGCUGCCGAGCUCGAGGUGCUGGCCGAGCUGGAAGCAGGGACAGCGGCCCUAUCACCAUCCAGGGGCUGGCGGCGGCGGACGUUUGAGGAGGCCAUAGCUAGAGGGGACGCUGCAGCUCUCGGCUCUCCAGUUGGACCUUCAGGGAACCGCAAAUGCGGUGCCAGCAAGAGGCAGCUGGCCACUGCCGUACAGAGGGACAGAUCCCCGCCCCUCAGUCCCAGGGUCAAGCGGCCCAGGCUGGAGGCAGUCAAGAGGUUGAACUUCGAGCAGGAUGAGAUGGAAGAGUUGCUCCUUCCUGAUUCUCCUCCUCAGGACAUCACCCCCCCACCGAGUCCUGAGGUCCCUGCUGAGCUGUGGGGCAAAGGAACUGUGGAUGCUGAAGCUGACACGGGUCUCAUACCAGCCUCGCCAGCCACUCGUAACCCGGUCCUGAGGCGACCCCCUGUCCUGGAGGACUACAUCAAUGUGACUUCCACGGGUGGUGACCGGGCCUUUCUGGUGCUACGGGCUGACCCAGUGGGCACUGGGGUACAGAGCCCUUUCUUGGACAUCCAGUGGCGUGGACGUGGCCAGCUGGAUCUGCUGGGUGUGUCUUUCACCUCUCUGAAGGAACAGGUUGACAGUGAGCGACGGCAGCGAUUACUCGAAGAGGCCCAGCGGCUCUCAGAUACGCUUCACAGCCUCAGGACAGAGGAGGCGGAGCAGGAGGUCCCUGAGGAGGUGUCAGCCGACAGCCAAGACGACUCCCAGCACUGCCUCUGGGUGGAUGAGUUUGCACCCCAGCGCUACACUGAGCUGCUCAGUGAUGAUUUCACCAACCGCUGCCUCCUCAAGUGGCUGAAGCUGUGGGACCAGGUGGUGUUUGGCCAAGAGCGGCCGGCCCGGAAGCCCAGGCCCAGUGUGGAGCCAGCCCGGGUUGGCAAGGAGGCCACAACCACCAGCAAGUGGAAAAGCCAUGAGCAGGUGUUGGAGGAGAUGCUGGAGGCUGAGCUGGACCAGAGCCGGCGGCCCCGGCAGAAAGUGGCGCUGCUGUGUGGACCCCCUGGGCUGGGCAAGACCACCCUGGCCCAUGUAAUAGCAAAGCAUGCUGGGUACUGUGUGGUGGAAAUGAACGCAAGUGACGACCGCAGCCCCGAGGCCUUCCGCACACACAUUGAGGCAGCGACGCAGAUGGAGUCGGUGCUGGGUGCUGGUGGGAAGCCCAACUGCCUGGUCAUUGACGAGAUUGAUGGGGCCUCCACGGCUGCCAUCAACGUACUCCUCAGCAUCAUUGAGCGCAAGGGCCCGAAGGAGGCAAAGCCAGGGAGCCUGGCCGUGCUGGCCGGUGAGGGGCGGCGGCUGCGGCCAGAGGGGGGUGUCUUGAUGAGACCGGUCAUCUGUAUCUGUAAUGACCAGUUUGCGCCCUCUCUGCGACAGCUGAAGCAGCAGGCUUUGCUGCUUCACUUUCCACCUACAGUGCCUGCUAGACUCGUGCAGCGGCUGCAGGAGAUCUCCCUACGGCAGGGCCUGCAGGCUGACCCGGGUGCCUUGGCAGCCCUGUGUGAGAAGACAGACAAUGAUAUUCGCGCCUGCAUCAACACCCUGCAGUUCCUGCACGGGCGGGGCCAGCGGGAGCUGAGUGUCCGGGCCGUGCAGACCACACGAGUCGGCCUCAAGGACCAGCGCAAGGGGCUGUUCUCCGUGUGGCAGGAGGUCUUCCAGCUGCCCCGGGCCCAGAGGAGACGUGUGGGCCAGGACCCCACUCUGCCUCCCCACACGCUCCUGCUGGGCGACGGGCUCACGGGCUCAGGGCACCAGGCUGCCGAGGCACCCCUGACCAUGGCUGCAGAGCGGUUCUACCACAUCCUGCAUGUGGCCACCUCUGCGGGCGAGCAUGAGAAAGUAGUCCAGGGCCUGUUUGACAACUUUCUGCGCCUGCGCCUGCGGGACUCCAGCCUCGGCACCGUGUGUGUGGCCCUCGACUGGCUGGCCUUUGAGGACCUGCUGGGCCAGGCUGCCUACCACACCCAGAGCUUCCAGUUGCUGCGCUAUCAGCCCUUCCUGCCCGUGGCCUUCCACCUGCUGUUUGCCUCCAGCCAUGUGCCGAGGAUUGCCUUCCCUAGCAGCCAGCAGGAGGCCCAGAACCGGAUAAGUCAGAUGCAGAACCUGAUCCAGACGCUGGUGUCUGGUAUCGCACCAGCCACCCGCAGCCGAAUGGCACGGCAGACCCUUGUCCUGGACACCUUCUGCCUGCUGCUGGACAUCCUCAUGCCUAAGCUUCGCCCUGUGAGCACACAGCUGUACAGCGCCCGUGAGAAGCUGCAACUGGCUACCCUCGUGGGCACCAUGCUUGCCUACAGCCUCACUUACCGCCAGGAGCGCACACCUGAUGGGCAGUACGUCUACAGGCUGGAGCCGAACUUGGAGGAGGUCUGCCGCUUUCCUGAGCUGCCUGCCCGGAAGCCCCUCACCUACCAGGCGAAGCAGCUCAUCGCCCGUGAGAUCGAAAUGGAAAAGAUGCGGCGGGCGGAGGCCUUGGUCAGAGAUGGCAACAGCCCCCAGGCGGACAAGAGUCCCCCCAGGGCCAAAGAUCCACAGAAGGGUGCUGGGGGAAAAGAGGCACAGUUACCCACUCCACGCAGCCACGAGCAGCGGCUGGAGCGCAUCCUGAAGAGAGCAGCCCUGGAGGACCAGACCGAGAGGGACUUCUUCGGCCGUGUGGUCAUCAAGAGAGCAGCAGCCCUGAGCGCAGAGGAUACAGCCCCAGAGACGGAUGCAGUGGAGUGGCGCAUGGGCACUGCGGUGGGCAGGAGCGACGUCUGGUUCCGCUUCAAAGAGGGCGUCUCCAACGCCGUGCGACGCAGCCUGCAUAUCAGGGACCUGCUAUAGCUGAGUCACACCAGACACCCCAGGCCACACUCGACCAGGGUCAUGCCUGGU